UGCUGUCAGUCAGACAAAGACAGUCAGUCAGUCAGGGCGAGUCUUCUUCACAACAUCACAUCAAAUAACAUCUUCACCGCCCGACAGAGCGCGUUAAAUGAUCUCCAGCGCUCAGAUUUUGUGUAUCUUCCUCUCUACAGAAUGUCUCACUACACCGAUGAGCCUCGGUUCACCAUCGAACAGAUCGACCUGCUCCAGAGACUGCGGCGUACAGGCAUGACCAAACCCGAGAUCCUGCACGCCCUGGACACCCUGGAGCGACUCGACCGCGAGCACGGAGAUAAAUUCGGCCGGCGCGGCCCAGCGGACACUAACGCCAACAACAGUACCACCUCUAGCACUACGCCCACCUCAAACACUGCUAACUGCGCCCCCAUGGCAACGUCCUCCACCACUUCCACGGCAACGCAGACGCAAUUCCACGGCAACUUAUCGCCAUCUCCCAACAACAGUUACGCUAUUUCUCCACCCACUGUCUUACCCUCGCCGGUCUCUCUGGUCGCCAUAGCGCAGAACGGGCGGGACGCUUUGGCAGCUAUGCCCAACGGGAAGCUAUCUCCAAACCGUUACCCUGUGAACAGCGCGGCGGCUGUGAGGUCGUACGGGCUGGAGGCGUCAGAGGAGGACCUGGAUGUAGAUGACAAAGUGGAGGAACUCAUGAGACGGGAUAGCACGUUGGUGAAAGAUGAAAUCAAAGCCUUUCUAGGCAACAGACGCAUCUCACAGGCCGUGGUGGCUCAGGUCACAGGCAUUAGUCAGAGUCGAAUCUCUCACUGGCUUCUCCAGCAGGGUUCAGACCUGAGCGAACAGAAGAAACGCGCUUUCUACCGCUGGUACCAGCUCGAGAGGACCACACCUGGUGCCACACUAAACAUGCGGCCCGCCCCUGUGGCGUUGGACGAGAUGGAAUGGCGUCAAACCCCUCCUCCUAUAAACUCUGCCACCGGAAGCUUCCGUCUGCGCAGAGGCAGUCGAUUCACCUGGAGGAAAGAAUGUCUCGCUGUCAUGGAGAGUUAUUUCAGUGAUAACCAAUAUCCAGAUGAAGCCAAACGAGAGGAGAUCGCCAACGCCUGCAAUGCUGUCAUUCAGAAACCAGGAAAGAAGCUGUCAGACUUAGAAAGAGUCACGUCUCUAAAAGUCUACAACUGGUUCGCCAACCGCCGCAAGGAGAUCAAGAGGCGGGCUAAUAUCGGGUCUUUUUUCCAAGAAGCCACAAUCCUGGAGAACCACGGGAUAGACGUGCAGAGUCCCGGUGGACAUUCCAACAGCGACGACGUCGACGCCAACGACUACAGCGAACAGGGUUGUGAUGUUUCCUAUUUUGAAAAGAGAGGCGUGAACCGGCCCUUCGGUUACUACCGGCUGGAGCCAACGUCACCAACACAGGAUGAUGCUGCCAAUCACACAGACCACCAGGACCCCAUCUCUCUCGCCGUGGAGAUGGCAGCCGUCAAUCACAGCAUCCUCGCCCUAUCCCAGCCUGGAAGCGUGGCGGGUGAAAUCAAGACAGAGGCAAUCGACGACGACUGAGGAAGGGCUGCAGAGGGCUGUGUGUGUGGCAGUUGACCAAAACAAUACUCUUAUCUCAAGCUUUUAGAAUCUAAUAUCACCUCGACAUUCCUGCUGGACCACCAAGCGCACACAGCAUUCAAACCCUCGCAGAACUCCGACCCAAACCUUGUACCUCAUUCCAUAGAUUUGUGUGCUUCCUGUCUGUAUAUUCCACUAAACGUAUUUCCUCGGCUCUCACGGACGCUGAAGGCCGAUCCGUGCGGCUGUCGUUCAGGAGUAAGGUAGCAUUACCAAACAGUUCCUGUGACGGAUUGUCAUGUCUGUACACUUUAUUUCCACUACAGUCAGCUUUUCGUUCAGUAGCGAAUGGUUUCGUCACACUGUGAUUGGGUGAAACAUAAACACAACAUAAAAGGCAACACAUUUUGCUUAAGCUAGUUUUAAGCAGCAUUAAGCUGUUUUGCAUUGUGACAUUUGCGUUUUUAAACACAUCCCUCACCUCAGCAAAUCUCAAAAUAACACUGGGGUCAUAGUGUUCGCUGUACUGCCAUCAUGCGUCCCAUGUGUUGAUCAAGCACUUUCUUAAAGUGUUUCUACACUGUAGUAUGCUUCAUGUUCACAUGCAAAAAUGUCAUAGUGCUUCAAAGUGGUUUUGUAAUCUGACCCGAUCCGGUUUCAUUUGGAAGAAUUAUAAGUGGAACGUUAUGUUGUGCAAAAGUCUCCUGGACUCUAAAUGAACCUGCAGAGAGAGAAAGACCUCAAUUUACAGAGACGGCGCUUUAUUUAACACUAAAUCUCCAGCGUUACCCAAAGUGACUGUUCAGCGUUAUUAUGUUUGUAUUUAUUUAGCUUCUGUUUUGUAUUCAUGCGCAAGAGAACCGGGACGUUACCUGUAUCUGUCCAUACCCGACAUCAUUGAGCUGAAGACGACAGCAGUCAGAAACACGAUGUGAAGAGUAAACGUGCACACUCGCUGUUGUUUUGUUUGGCCAGUGCAUCACAGUGCUUUCAUUUUUACUGUAUGUUGAUAUAAUUUGUCAGUGUUAAUAAGCCAGACUGACUCUGAGAGGCUGAACUCUCGUCUCACAUAAGCUUGGAUCCAAAAUGUAGCACAUUUUCCUCUGAAGAGAUUUUAGAUGAACUUUAUUCCUUCUUUGGGCCGCGUUCAUGAUACAGGAGCAGAUUAAUUUGUGUGAAUUGUUGGUAGAGACGUUCUCAUCACCUGCCAAUCAGAAUCAUUGUUAUGCAAAUGUACACAUAUUUAUUGCGCUCACGUUUCAUGAAUGAGGCUUGUCUUACCUUGUACAAAUAUUCAAGUGAUAUUUAUGAAACAGAUGCCAUUUUUGUUGAUUAAAUCAAGGUUUUUAAUUUGUUAUUGAUGAACACUAUUGUUUGUUCAGAGCAGUCUCUUGUGUUAAUUUGCGUCUCAAUUACACGUGGAAAAAGCACCCCUUCGUUCUUAAAACACUACUUUAAAAGCACGGGAGUCAUUUCACUUUUUUUUAGCUCACCUUAAACUAUCAUCGAAAGAAAACUGAGACUUUCCUGUAUUCAGCACACAGAAUGUGUUUCCAAGUGAAUCGUUCUAAGCCUCCGUACACAAAAUCGUGCCAAACUACAGUAUCGCUUCAAGCACCGGUGACACGUUAUCACAGAGACGCAGAAUAUUUACUGUUUUUGUGUUGUAUUCAGACCACCAUAUGUUGUUUGUUUGUUUGUUUUUCAUGAACCCUUCUGGUUUAAAUAGGCUGCUUUCAAUUCAGUUGUUCAGGGUGCAUUCUCUUCUUUCUCUAUCAAUCAUAUCAUUACUGUAAAAAGAAACAUAAUGCAGUUUAAGAUCAGUUGAAUCAAAUAAUUAUAUUGAUUUCUGUUCUGAAUCAUCUGUAUUUCCCUUUUAAGAAUUUAGUGCCUUUUUUGGACAGUAGACUGUUCUGUAAUUAUACUAUAGUAUAUAUGAACAUUUUUGUACAGUUUCUUUGUUUAAAAUGACUUUUUUUAAAACUUCUGUUUAUUUUAGUACUUUAUCUUCUGGAGAAUAAAAGUAUAUUAAUGAUG